AUGGCCUCCGCAGUUGCGCAGGAAAGUCAAGACAUUCCCCGGCUUUCUCUCGCUGUCGAGCACGCCUUGUCUACUUCCCCUUUCCCCUCUCCAGGCUCCCCUUUCUUCCCCCCACCACGCCUCGGUGCACACGAAUUCGCCCUACCCCCAGGAUCUCUCAUGCGCAGCCUCGCGACCAGGAGUAGCCAGGACGCCGCUGCCCUGAGCCCAGGGAUCGUGUCGCCUGACGAGGAGACCACCCCGACACUACCCAAGUCCGCCCAGUUUUCGGACUCUCCAUCGCCCGCGACCCCCACGCCAAACACUUCCUUCCAAAUAAAUGGCAAAACGACCCCCCAAGUCACCGUCCCAGAAGAACCAUUAGCUACCACGAACCCACCCUCGCCAACAGCCGACCAACCUUCAAUCACCUCCUCCCGCCCUGCACCCCCGAGCCCCGCUGUCUCGCGGCGUGCGUCCGCAGCGGUCUCUAGGCGAUCCUCAGGCGCCAAGUCACGCCGCCAGUCUAAAGUCUCGCAGCUGCUGGCCCAGCAUGAGCCAGAAGCUUCGUCGUCCUCCGGAGCGACGGUUUCCCCAGCCACCCCGCAGCCGAAGCGCCGCUCGCUGCUCAUGAAAAUCCGCGACUUCGCGUUCCCGCCCGUGGACGAUCGCCAUGUCGGCCGCGGCGUGGACGUGCCCCGUGCGAACCGCCCGCGCCACCGCUCCUCGGUGUACUCCUCGCGUUCCUCCUCGUCAUCGUCCUCUGCGGCCGAUCUGGACGAUGUGGAGGACCAGCGCGGAUCGUGGGGCUCGUUCCGGUGGAACACGCUCAGCACACAGUUCAGCUGGACCGGCGCCCCGCGGGGCGACGAUGCGGGCGAGGACGAGGGUGGACCAUCGCGCAUGGACUUUGAGCGCAAUUUUGUACAGGGGUCGUCGCCCGUGGACGAAGAGCCGGAGCACUACGACUACGACGUGGAGGAUGGGGACGACGAAGACGGGCCGCUGCUGCCGGGUUUAUACCGUGCGCUGUUCGCAUUUGAGCCGGAGGGAACGGCAGAGAUGGCGCUGGAGGAAGAGCAGCUCGUGCGCGUCGUUGGACGGGGCGGCGGCGUCGGCUGGGCAGUCGUUGAGAAGGAAGGCGGCGGGCACGCCCUCGUUCCCGAGAGCUACCUUGAGGUGGUCGAGCGGGAUCAUGCUUGA